UAUUGAAAAAAAUUUGUGUCGUGAGCAAGCAAAGCGUGCGCUUAUUGCGAAGAAAACUGAUUUUCUGCCCAAGGAAAAUUAAUAAAAGUGCUAGUAAUUUAAAUUUCUUUUGUGAAUCGAGCAAAUAAAAUAUUCAAGAUGCCCGAGGAAACUGAGACCUUUGCAUUCCAGGCUGAGAUUGCUCAGCUGAUGUCAUUGAUCAUCAACACAUUCUACUCGAACAAAGAGAUCUUCUUGCGUGAGUUGAUUUCCAACGCAUCUGAUGCUCUCGAUAAGAUUCGUUAUGAGUCACUGACGGAUCCCAGCAAGCUCGAGUCUGGCAAGGAGCUGUACAUCAAGUUGAUUCCCAACAAGACGGCUGGUACCUUGACCAUCAUCGAUACCGGUAUCGGUAUGACCAAGUCCGAUUUGGUCAACAACUUGGGUACAAUUGCCAAGUCGGGCACCAAGGCUUUCAUGGAGGCACUGCAGGCUGGCGCCGAUAUUUCUAUGAUUGGUCAGUUUGGUGUGGGCUUCUACUCUGCCUACCUGGUGGCUGACAAGGUCACUGUGACCUCAAAGAACAACGAUGAUGAGCAGUACAUCUGGGAGUCAUCUGCUGGUGGUUCCUUCACUGUGCGUGCUGAUAACACUGAGCCUUUGGGCCGCGGUACUAAGAUCGUGCUGCACAUCAAGGAGGACCAGACUGACUAUCUGGAGGAGAGCAAGAUCAAGGAGAUCGUGAACAAGCACUCGCAGUUCAUUGGCUACCCAAUCAAGUUGUUGGUAGAGAAGGAGCGCGAGAAGGAGGUCAGCGAUGAUGAGGCUGAAGAUGAGAAGAAGGAAGAUGAGAAGAAGGACAUGGACACCGAUGAGCCAAAGAUUGAGGAUGUCGGUGAGGAUGAGGAUGCUGACAAGAAGGACAAGGAUGGCAAGAAGAAGAAGACCAUCAAGGAGAAGUACACCGAGGAUGAGGAAUUAAACAAGACCAAGCCCAUCUGGACACGCAACCCAGAUGAUAUCUCCCAGGAGGAGUACGGCGAGUUCUACAAGUCCCUCACCAACGACUGGGAAGAUCAUCUAGCUGUCAAGCACUUCUCCGUUGAGGGUCAGCUGGAGUUCCGCGCUCUGCUUUUCAUCCCACGCCGCACUCCCUUCGAUCUCUUUGAGAACCAGAAGAAGCGCAACAACAUCAAACUGUAUGUGCGCCGUGUGUUCAUCAUGGACAACUGCGAGGAUCUCAUUCCCGAAUACUUGAACUUCGUCAAGGGUGUGGUUGAUUCCGAGGAUCUGCCAUUAAACAUCUCCCGUGAGAUGUUGCAGCAGAACAAGGUGCUGAAGGUUAUCCGCAAGAAUCUGGUCAAGAAAACCAUGGAGCUGAUUGAGGAGCUCACUGAGGACAAGGAGAACUACAAGAAGUUUUACGACCAGUUCAGCAAGAAUCUCAAGCUCGGCGUGCACGAGGACAGCAACAACCGUGCCAAGCUGGCUGACUUUAUGCGCUUCCACACCUCAGCCUCUGGCGAUGACUACUGCUCCCUCAACGACUACGUGUCGCGCAUGAAGAAGAACCAGAAGCAUAUCUACUUCAUCACUGGCGAGUCCAAGGAUCAGGUCAGCAACUCUGCUUUUGUGGAGCGUGUUAAGGCCCGUGGCUUUGAAGUUGUCUACAUGACUGAGCCAAUCGAUGAGUACGUCAUCCAGCAUCUGAAGGAGUACAAGGGCAACCAACUGGUGUCCGUCACCAAGGAGGGUCUGGAGCUGCCUGAGGAUGAGGCUGAGAAGAAGAAGCGUGAGGAAGAUAAGGCCAAAUUCGAGGGUCUCUGCAAGCUGAUGAAGUCCAUCCUGGACAACAAAGUGGAGAAGGUUGUUGUGUCCAACCGCUUGGUUGACUCACCAUGCUGCAUUGUCACAUCGCAGUUCGGUUGGUCCGCCAACAUGGAGCGCAUCAUGAAGGCUCAGGCCCUGCGCGAUACCUCCACCAUGGGCUACAUGGCCGGCAAGAAGCACCUUGAGAUCAAUCCUGAUCAUCCAAUUGUGGACACUCUGCGCCAGAAGGCCGAUGCCGAUAAGAACGACAAGGCAGUCAAGGAUCUAGUCAUCUUGUUGUUCGAGACCUCUCUGCUCUCUUCGGGCUUCUCUCUGGACAGCCCCCAGGUGCACGCCAGCCGCAUCUACCGCAUGAUCAAGCUGGGCUUGGGCAUUGAUGAGGACGAGCCCAUGACCACCGAGGAUGCCCAGAGCGCCGGCGAUGCUCCAUCUCUGGUCGAGGACACCGAGGAUGCUUCCCACAUGGAGGAGGUCGAUUAAACUCACACACGCACAACCAAUACACACUUGCACUCAACGUACACAAUCCCCAAAGUCCAAUAUUACAUUUAACGUUUGCUACUCGAGGUUACACUCACAUUUGCCAUUUCCUUGGUUGAAAGCGCUUUAUGUGUUUUGACUUGACAACGGAGAGAGAUACAUUUAUAUUUAAUAUUCAUUUUACAAUUUGUAAUUUGUUUUACAUUUACAUUUUGCCGCGUUCUAGGCGACAUGAAUACGCUUAAUUCUUACAUAGUUUUUUUUUUUAAGAAAAAAUCAAGCAGAAUGUAAUAUUUAGGAUUCCCUCAUCAUUAACAUAAACAUUCACCAGAGCAGUUGUCGUUUUAAGAAUUUCUAAUUUAGAAUCCAAGUAAACAUACUAUUUAUGUAAUUGAAAACUUACAAACAAAUACAAAGACUACAUACAAGUUAGUUAAUAUGUAAUAAGGUUUGAUGAUCGAUGCGAUGCAAAAACAUUAACUGAAUAAAAACAAACAAGUGGUGUUUCAAAAUGCAAAA